UCAGAAGAGCCAGGCAGAAUGGAGAGGAGAAAGAGCUGACCCCAGCCCGUCGUCUUUCACAGAGCAAGUCGGCCAUGGAAUGGUGGUGGCAGCUCCUGUUAGGGCUCGGGACAGUCACGCCCAUCUGGGCUGGGGACGAGCUGCUCAGUGUCUGCAUGAGGGCCAAGCACCACAAGCGAGAGCCCAGCCCGGAAGACCAGCUCUACGAGGAGUGCAUGCCCUGGAAGGACAAUGCCUGCUGCACGUUCAACACAAGCUGGGAAGCUCACCUGGAUGUAUCCCUGCUCUACAGCUUCAGCCUGCUUCACUGUGGAUUGAUGAUGCCGGACUGUCAGAAGCACUUCAUCCAGGCUGUCUGCUUCUACGAGUGCUCCCCGAACCUGGGACCUUGGAUCCAGCAGGUGGUAAGAUUGAGCUGGGAGGAAGAGCGAAUUUUGGAUGCACCACUAUGCCGGGAGGACUGUGAGCAGUGGUGGGCAGACUGCCACACAUCCUACACUUGCCAAUCUAACUGGCAUGGCAGCUGGGACUGGAGUCGGGGGAAGAGCCGCUGUCCCGCAAGAGCCCCCUGUCACCCUUUCCCCCAUUACUUCCCUACCCCGGCUGACCUGUGUGAGAAGAUCUGGAGCAACUCGUUCAAGGCGAGCCCUGAGCGUAGGGACAGCGGGCGGUGUCUGCAGAAGUGGUUUGAGCCUGCUCAGGGCAACCCCAACGUGGCCGUGGCCCGCCUCUUUGCUCGCUCUGCCCCGUCCCGGGGACUCUCCUGUAUUCUCAUGGCCUUCUCUCUCUCCCUGCCAUUCCUUUCCUGAGAGCCCCUUCUUCUCCCACACACACGCCUGCAGUCCCCCAGCUGUGAGCCAGGCAGGGCCAUGGCAGCCUCCUUCCUCAGUCCCUUCCUUAAAAGGAGCAGCCAGACUGAGGGGUAGGGUGACAUUGAGGCUGCAGGACCUGGUGUCUGAGCCUUGCACAUUUGGUUCUCGAACUCCUCUGCUGUUCUGCUCUGCCUUUCCCUGCCUGGGAGGCAGGGAGUUGCCAAGGUCGUCCACCCCGUCCUGCCUUCAGGCCCUUCUCAUCCAGCACAUGCCCACCUCUUCCCUGGCAGAGCUGAUGCUGACAGCCCUGGCCUCCUGUUCCAUGAUGGUGCCUCCACUAACACAGCAGUGGACCUUUCCUCCGUGUGACCCACUCUGUCCUAGCUCUGAGGUCAGGGAGUCAGGCUGCACAAAGAGGGAGCUGGUCUGUCUGCUGCACUGAAGUCGCAAAGUUGGUUGUUACUCUCCUAAUAAUGAUGAACUUUUUAACACAUACCAGCCCCUCUUGUUACAUCCUUACAACACCUCUCUGGUAGAAGUACU